AUUCUGUCACACGCGCUAGCAUGUUGAAAAUGGCAUAUCCAAUGGGAAAACAAAAUUGAAUAACAGUCCCACCUCGCAACAGUACAGUAGAGAGUUAAAAGUAAAUAACAUCCGAUUCAAGUAGGUAGGCGGCAGAGGCAGUAAGAGGCACGUGCUUCCCCGUCCCUCUCACUAUUUAAAUACUCCUGCACCUCUCUCCUAUCCUUUCAUCUUCCUCAACCUCUCCUCACCAAAAAUUACCCUUUUUUUUUAACCAAAAAAUCCCUAGUUAGAUACUUCUGAAUAUCUCUCUCACUUACGCUCUCUGACGUUUUCACACCCGCAGAUUUUUUUUUUAUUUUUUAUUUAGAAAAGAACAAAGAAAAAUAAAAAAUAAAGAGGAAGAAGAAGAUGGCGGAGGAAGGGCAAAUACAGAGCAGCAGCAGUAGCGGCAGCGGCGUCCGAGCUGCUUCCGGCCCGAUUCGGCGAGUUCUCCUCAUCUCCGCUGGCGCUAGUCAUUCCGUUGCCCUCCUCUUAAGUAUGAUGCCAAUGUGGAAAUGUACUGCAGCUGGCAAUGUUGUCUGCUCAUGGGGACGGGGAGAAGAUGGGCAGCUAGGCCAUGGGGAUGCUGAAGAUCGGUUUUUUCCUACUCAACUGAGUGCAUUGAAUGAUCAAGAAAUAGUCUCUGUUACCUGUGGAGCUGAUCACACGACUGCAUAUUCUGAAUCGAAACUACAAGUGUACAGCUGGGGAUGGGGUGAUUUUGGGAGGUUAGGCCAUGGUAACUCUAGCGACUUGUUUUCUCCCCAACCGAUCAAAGCCUUACAAGGCCUUCGGAUAAGGCAGAUUGCUUGUGGUGAUAGCCAUUGUUUGGCAGUGACUAUGGAAGGCCAGGUUCAAAGUUGGGGGCGAAAUCAAAAUGGUCAACUUGGACUUGGGACCACGGAAGAUUCCCUUGUACCCCGAAAAAUUGAAGCAUUCCAGGGGAUCUCAGUCAAAAUGGUUGCUGCUGGUGCCGAACAUACAGCUGCUGUGACAGAGGAUGGCCAACUUUAUGGUUGGGGUUGGGGUCGAUAUGGUAAUUUGGGUUUAGGUGACAGGGAUGAUCGAUUAGUGCCAGGCAAAGUUUCGACAAAUGAGGGAGACAGGAUGGUCCUGGUCGCAUGUGGAUGGCGACAUACAAUAUCUGUCUCCUCUUCAGGUAGUUUGUAUACUUAUGGGUGGAGCAAAUAUGGCCAACUAGGACAUGGGGAUUUUGAAGACCACCUAAUCCCUCAUAAGCUGGAAGCUUUGUCUGAAAGUCGUAUAUCUCAAGUGGAUGGAGACAUACAAUGGCAGUUACAAGUGAUGGAAAACUUUAUGGCUGGGGCUGGAACAAGCUUAGAUCAUUGCUCACCUGUGCAAGUCAAAUUUCCACAGGAUCAGAACGUAGUGAAAAUCUCAUGUGGUUGGAGACAUACACUUGCUGUUACAGACAGACAAAACGUGUUUUCAUGGGGAAGGGGUACAAAUGGUCAGCUUGGCCAUGGUGAAUCUGUUGAUCAAAAUGUCCCGAAGAUUAUAGAGGCGCUAAGUAUGGAUGGAUCAAGUGGACAGCACAUUGAGGCCUCGAAAGUUGAUAUAUCAUCAGAAAAAACUUGGGUGUCCCCGACCCAGAGAUAUGCAGUCGUCCCUAAUGAGAAUAUGAUGCCACUUCUUUGCAGGUCUCCGGAACGACAUAUGGUGGCAACGGAAAUGACAUUAAUGUCCCUGAAAGCGAUCCACAUUAUCAGGCCUGUUGGCCAUGUCUCCUCCGUCACCACCCCGCUGCAGCAUCCAGUCCAUCCGUUGCCAACAGCCACGCGUGGCACUGCCGGCGCGACCAAAAAAAGGAAAAACGGCCAACGUCCUGACCUUGCCGUAUCUCCUCAAAACAAUCCACCAUUUCUGUCGGCGAACAAAAAAUCGUCCAGCUUGCACCUACCGGCCGUCUACAACGCCACCAUUUUUGGCGGCUGCGACUGUUGCUAUAUCCUCGAGAUACAGAGGAUGAAGGUGUCGGGGUUUAUAGCAGUGGUUGGAAAAGACGAUCGAAAAUGUGUUUGA